AAACGGAUAAACCCGUUUUCUACUCGGAUCUUUAUAAACUUUAGCUUCGCCUUCUAGCUGCCGAUGAUCGAUUUAAUUCCCGAAUAUUAUUAACUAGACGAAAAUCCUAAACAAUGCCAGUGAGAGUCACGGAGAGCUCUACACCUUCUCAAGUUUCAGGUACAAAUUCCGGAGAUACUUCACCUCCAGCUUGUACACUUUUGAGUGUUGGACAGUUUUAUUUGCAGACAUUUUCUGGCACACAAAAUGUCUCUAGUUUACAAAAAGAGGAAGCUUGGAGAGUUAAUGUUCGAAUACAAGGAUGUGAUCUCGAACAUGGGUAUCUUUGUGGGACUAUGGAAGCUCUAAAUGUUCCUAUGGCCGAUACACCAGUGGUAACCUUUUGGGAAGGGGAGAUUGUAGAUACAAAGAAUUAUACUUUCUAUACUGGCAAGUGGGAAGCAUCGCCUGAGGAUGAUAAAAGGCAUUGGACAAAGUUUCCAUCUUUUUCACCACUACUGAGUCAAGUAGAGGUUGAUGGGGGGAAAUCUUUGGACCUGAGUAAUUACCCAUACAUAUUUAUGAGAUGGAAAGAGCAAUACUUCGUAAAUGUUGGGACAGACUGUGGGCUAACCAUAGCCGGAUUUUACUAUGUUUGCUUCUCUUGCAGCGAUGGUUCUAUCAGCGGCUUCUAUUACGAUCCUAAUAGCAGUCCAUUUCAGAAGCUUGAGCUGAAAUCCACAAAUGAAGGAAGAUCAGGAUACAGUUUUUCAUCAUAUGAACUGCAGUAAAUAAGAAUGUAGGAUGUUGAUUCCAAUAUUAUCAGGGAAAUCUGAUUUCUCGAACAGAUGUGAAACUUUAUGGUUUACAUUUUCUUAUGCCAUCCUUGUGAUGUUGGAACAAGAGAGAGACCUUAAUGUAGCGAUCAUCUAGAAUGUAAGAAUUGAUAUCUUUUCAAUAUCUAUUUCAGCUGAAUGUAAUUUUCCGGAUGUUCAUUAACUAUUAUCGAAUUGAGCUGUAUGUGGUCUCUUUCAUGA